AUGUCGCGCCCUCCACCCAAUGCGCGGUCCUCGCUCGCAAGUGGGCUGGCACCUCCUCCACCAGCAGGGUACGCGGCGAGCGCCCAUGGCUCAGUAGUCUUCGGCGCACCUCCACCACCUCACUCCGUUGCCCCGAGUGCCCUCAGCCGUCCUCCGUCGCGCUUCGAACCUCCCCCCCUCGCCGCGACCAUGGGUCCCAUGCCGGGCACGCUCGAACGACCGAUCCAUGGGCCCAAGAAACGCCUGAUCGUGACAUGCGACGGGACGUGGUUGGACGCCGACAAUGGUCUGAUGAACGGACACAAACAGCCGCCCUCGAACGUGUCACGGAUAGGCUGGGCGAUCAAGGACACCUCCCGCGACGGCAUCCCGCAAAUCGUGAACUACCAGGCGGGCGUCGGAACCCAAGGUGGGCCGGCAUCGCGCGUGGUAGGCGGCGCAACAGGAAUGGGCAUACGCGAAAACAUGCGCACGGCAUACACAUACCUUGCCACGAACUGGCGGCCUGGGGACGAGAUCUUCAUCCUUGGAUUCUCGCGCGGCGCGUUCACGGCGCGUACCGUGGGCGGCAUGAUCGGCUCACUUGGUCUGCUUACCCGGGACGGCCUUCCGUUUUUCAACGAGAUCUUCGAGGACUGGGAACAUCGUUUUGACGAUCGCUAUGUCUCCAGGUUUCCGCACGUGCCGUUCCCCGAGAAACGACUCCCGUUCGACGAGCAGUACGUCCAUGAACUGUCUCGCCGGGGCCUGACGCGGUUGAACGUCCCCAUCAAGGCGAUCUGCUGCUGGGAUACCGUCGGCAGUCUGGGUAUUCCGCGAGUGCCCUGGCUGGAAGGUCUGCGGCUCCAAGCGCCGGGAAUGCAUGAUUACGAAUUCUACGACACGCGAUUGAAUCCCUGUAUUGAGAACGCAUUCCAAGCGCUGGCCCUCGAUGAGCGGCGCGCGCCCUUCUCUCCGGCGCUGUGGGAGAAACGAGACAACAACACGACGAAUCUGGUCCAGUGUUGGUUUCCCGGCGUGCAUUCGAAUUUGGGAGGCGGCUACGACGAUCAGGAGUUGGCCAACAUCACUCUCGCGUGGAUGAUCAGCAAACUCGAGCCCUUUCUGGACUUCGAACGGGACUUUCUGAUCGGCCUGUGGGAGUCGAACCGGGCCUAUUACAAGCAGUCGGGCCAGAGGACGCGGUGGUGGUCGUUUGGAGAGCUCUACAACUCGUUAAAGGGCAUCUAUUCCCUGACGGGCAGCAAGACGAGAACCCCCGGCAACUACUUCAGAAGCGAUCCCCAUACAGGGCGGCCGAUGACGAAACGCCUCCGAGGCACGAACGAAUACAUCCACGCGAGCGUGCGAGCGAGACUGGGUCUCGGCGGACCCGGCCCACUUGAUCGGGGCACAUAUAAUCCUCCGGCCUUGAGGGACUGGACGUUCGAUGUCGAAGCCGUGGGGCCCGGCCAGGGCGGCAACCAGGAUGGAUUGCUGGUCGUGUGGACAAACCACGGCGGCUCCUCGAGAAGGAGGGGCGCGCGAAACGAAAAGGGCGGACAGGAGAAGAUCCCCGAGGAGCGAUUAUCGGAGACGGAACUGGUCUUGUUGAAACAAUCACCCCGAGUGUACGAUUUCGUGACGCAACUGCGGCCCAAUCCCCAGCAAGGGAAACGAAGGUCCCGUCGACACGGUGGGCAAAAUGGCACGCCGAACGGGCCGGGUCCGCCACCGCCCGGUGUAGGUCCUUACGGCCAGUAUGGGGGUGGCAGACCGCCGCCGCCGGGCUCGUUCGUCGGGCCUCGACCUGGCUCUGUACCGCCGGAUGGGCGACGGAGCGGGAGAUCCAGGUCCUUGAAUCCGGAUGGACUCCCCUACGAUAGUGACGAUAGCAGGGAGCGGGAUCGAGAUAGGCGGCAUCGGAGGAGACGAGACAGUGGCGAUCCAGACCGGCAGAGAAGAAGACGAAGUCGGAGAUAUGAGGAUGACGAUGAGUAA